ACGAACCACAGCAGUGAAGUGGGAAUGAGUGGUUCCCCUUCGGGAACAAUUUUGCUGGCUCCAGGGCUUCGGCCACCUAUAAAGCUUAGCAAUGGAAAGUAAUGUAACCCUCAAAGAGGAAGAGUUCUUGGGGAGCACUGAAGGAGCAACUUUCGACCAAACCAUGAUGCCAGUAAUGGAGAGCUUCGAAAUCAAUGAUUUGAAACCCAGGAAGAAAAAUGGGGUGAACUUCAUCAUGACUACAGUGAUCAUCAUCUACCUGAUUCUGCUCACAGCAGCUGCUGUGCUGCUGGAGUUCCAAGUCCAGGAACUGCAGUGGCGGCUCCAGAUCCUGGAGACAUACAACUGCUCCAAUGAAACGUUUGCUCUUCCGGAAAAGUCCUUCUCCUUCCUGCGCUUGGCACAUCCAGUGCACAAGGCUCAGAGCGCACUGAGGCUGCAAGACCUACAGGCCCAGAUCACGGAAGUCCAAGCCAGACAGGAGCACAUGUUGCAGCGGGUGGAGGACUUCACUCGCAAUGCAGAGUUACACGGGAUCAAAGGUGAACAAGGCGCCCCAGGUCCAAAGGGAACCGCCGGUGUGCCUGGAAGGCCAGGCGAGAAGGGAGACAAGGGGGCAGUGGGACCGGCUGGAAGCCCAGGUCUCCUGGGACUCCAAGGCCCACCAGGCAGGAAGGGAGAUCCCGGCCUCCAAGGACCCAAGGGUGUGCCCGGGGAGCAAGGAGCUGCUGGCAUAGCAGGACCUCAAGGGGAGAAAGGCAGCAAAGGCGACGGAGGUUUCAUUGGCCCCAAAGGGGAAACUGGUGCGAAGGGAGAUAAAGGGGACCUGGGCCACCCAGGGAGCAAAGGGAACAUGGGCAUGAAGGGAGACACAGGGGUCAUGGGGCCCCCCGGGCCCCAGGGGAGCAAAGGUGACUCAGGGAAGCCAGGUCUACCAGGUGUCGCUGGAUCUCCUGGAGCCAAAGGUGAUCGAGGACAAGCUGGAGCGCCAGGUGUUCCAGGCCCUCCCGGAGCAGCAGGACCUUUGGGGCCCAAGGGUGAACGUGGCAGCCCUGGCACGGCUGGAGUAGCAGGAGCACCGGGUAGACCUGGGGAUCGAGGACCUGAGGGCGUGAAAGGAAGCAAGGGUGAUCCAGGAAUGCAAGGACAAAAGGGAACAAAAGGAGAAUCAGGAGUCCCAGGAUCGGUGGGAGCAAAAGGAGAAAGGGGAAUCCCCGGGCUGGUAGGCUCCCAAGGAGCACCUGGAGCAGUCGGCCAGAAGGGAGACCAAGGAGAGAAAGGAUCUUCUGGGCAGAAAGGAGAAAAGGGAGUGAAAGGAGAAAGAGGUGAAAAAGGCUCAUAUGCCUCAUCCGUCAGGAUCGUCGGCAGUAGUGCUAGAGGCCGGGCUGAAGUUUACUAUGAAAACAUCUGGGGGACGAUUUGUGAUGAUGGCUGGGAUAACUCUGAUGCCACUGUCUUCUGCCGCAUGCUGGGUUACAGCAGGGGAAAAGCACUUGGCUCUUACGGAGGUGGCACUGGGAAGAUCUGGCUGGAUGAUGUUGCUUGCCAGGGGUCUGAGUCUACCCUGUGGAGCUGCAACAAGAGCGCCUGGGGAUCUCACAACUGUGGCCACAGCGAGGAUGCCGGCGUGGAGUGCAGCUGAUCUCGAAACCCUGAAGUCACCACUCUGUCGCCAAGAUGGCCUUGGGCUCACACACACGUGGGAAGGAAAGGACUCUGUGAAGGUUCCCUGGAACUGGCUGAGCAGGUGCUGGAGGUCAUUAAUAAAAAUCAAAGUGCCGCCAGGCAGCAUCACUG